CAAAAUCCGCCACAUAUCCAACACCGCCCACUUACCAGUUACCACCCACCGCCCACAUCAACUCUCCAAUGGCGGACUCCAUCAGCUGCCAUGUGGUGGCUAUACCAUACCCCGGCAGAGGCCAUAUCAACCCCAUGAUCAACCUCUGUAAACUCAUUGCUCUCGCCCGCCCUUCCGACUUCCUUAUCACCGUCGUUGUCACCGAGGAAUGGCUGGGAUUCAUCGCCUCCGACCCCAAACCAACUAGCAUCCGAUUUGCCACCAUCCCUAACGUUAUCCCGUCGGAGGUUAACCGGGGCUCUGACUUCGCUGGCUUCUACAAAUCCACCCUCACAAAAUUAGAGGAUCCGGUUGAGCAGUUACUCCGCCGGAUGGAAGUUCCGGCGACGGUGCUUAUAUACGAUACUUACCUUAUGUGGGUAUUAAAUCUCGGCAAACGGAUGAAUAUUCCGGUGGCUUCGUUCUUCACAAUGUCGGCGACUGUCUUCUCCAUGUCUUAUCAUUACGAUCUCCUCCUUCAAAACGGCCAUGUCGGAGAUAAUUUCUCAGAAAAAGUGGAGGAAGAGAUAGAUUACCUACCCGGAAUCCCUCCGAUACGGGUGCUUGAUCUUUUGACAUGCUUCAAUGGCAAGGGGAAAGAAGUUUUUCCGAUAGCUCUGCAAGCCAUUUUAAUGGCGGCUAAAGCUCGGUUUCUUCUUUUCGUGUCGGUUUACGAGCUGGAAGCCAAAGUGCUCGAUGCCUUAAAAUCAGAGCUUUUAUUACCUGUAUAUGCUAUUGGGCCAUCGAUACCAUACUUUGAUGUUGAAAAGGACGAAAAUACCUCUGUCUGGAAAAAAGACGAAAAUACCCCUGACUAUCUGGAAUGGUUAAACCGACAACCCGAGGCUUCUGUGUUGUACAUCUCACAAGGGAGUUUUCUCUCGGUCUCAAAUGCCCAAUUGGAAGAAAUCAUCACGGGUGUACAUGAGAGCGGUGUACGAUACAUGUGGAUUGCACGUGGCGAGACGUCUCGGUUUAAACACAAAAAUGACGAAAAAGGGAUUGUUAUACCUUGGUGUGAGCAAUUACGAGUGUUGUGCCAUAGUUCCGUAGGGGCAUUUUGGUCACAUUGCGGGUGGAAUUCGACCAAAGAAGGUGCUUAUUCAGGGGUGCCAAUGCUCACAUUUCCCUUAUUUUGGGAUCAAGUUCCAAAUAGUAAGAUGAUCGUUCAAGAUUGGAAAAUGGGAAAGAGGGUGAGUGACUACGAGGGUAGUUUGGUCACUCGAGAAGAAAUCGCGAAACUCGUAAAGAGUUUCAUGGAUCAUGAAAGCGAAGAAGGAAAAGAGAUGCGUAAAAGGGCAAGAGAAGUUCAGAAGAUAUGUCGACAAGCAACCAAUGAAGGAGGGUCAGCUAAAAAAGAUAUCGACUCAUUUAUCAGUGACAUGUUAAAUAGUCGAAAUAACUGAUUGAUGUAUGUUAUCAAUGUACUUGACGAUAAUAUGUUAACACAUAAACGUUAAUGAUUAAAUGUGUUAUCGAAUCAACUAUGCU